UGAACAUCCUCAGGUGAGAACGUCGAGGGCUCGGAUACGGAGAAAUGGUCUUCAAUGACUGCAAUUCAUGGGUCCUUGCCUUAUUUCAAAGUUCUUCUAUCACCGCGGCUGCCAGUGAUUUCGUUUAUGAUAGUUUUAUUUUUGAAUGCGUUGGUUUGCUUGGUGCAGCUCCGCAAGCAGAUUGAUUCUGCAGCAAUAUGUGCGAUAGUUACCAGGGCUCAAAGGAACACAAAAUGCUUGUUUUCAUAAUCUAAAAGUUGUAUCCGCG